CAGGCGUGAGCUCUUAAUAAGUUUAAAAGGCAGAGCCGCAGCGGUGUUAGCUCCCUCUGUGACUCUGCAAUUUCCCCCCAUUAUCAACUAAUCGACUAGUUGAUGAAAUUUCUAGUUAAUUAGUUGAUUAAACGCCAUUUAAUAUCCCUACACACAAUAUCUGUGGGCUCAUCAUUAUCAUUCUCAGCUUCACUCCAGGUAAAAAACAAGCAAACAACACUUGAAAUAUGUAGCAUAUAGUCUAACAAGAAAGUAGUGAUUGAAGUGCAGAGCGUCUCAAUCAAAACUGCCAGUUUCUCGUUGAGUCAUGUCAAAGUAAAAGGAUGAAGAAGAUAAAGUGUGCUUUCCUGCUUUAUAUAUCUUAGUAAGAAGAAACCAGAAUCCUAGCACAGACUUUGAAAGCAGCACCAUUCAGAAACAGAGGAAAGAACUCCAGUUAUUAGUAGCAGAACUGAAAGAUCGUGAUAAGGAACUUAAUGACAUGGUUGCAGUGCAUCAAAGGCAGCUAUUAGCCUGGGAAGAUGAUCGACAAAAAAUACUGACUCUGGCAGAACGAUGCAGCAGGCUAGAAAACGAACUACACAAGAGAAAUGAGAUGAUAAGAACAUUAACCAAAAGAUUAAAGCUCUUAGAGUCUCAGCAAAAUGAUCGUAGGAUAACACUUGAAAAUACUCAACAGAAGCUUCAGGAACUGUCUCAAAAAGCAACCGAUACAACUCUUCAUUGUCAGGUCCUGGAGGAGAAAAAUCAAAGUCUCAACUGUUCAGUGUUGGAGCUGUCUGCUAAAAUAGGCCAGUUACAAGCUAGGGAACAGGAACUCGUUACAAUGCUAAAGCUAAAGGAUAAAGAUAUACUUGAAGCAACCAAUCAUAUUACUGAAUUUACAUCUAACUUUAAAAAACUGGAAAAUGCAUUGAGGGCAGCUAAAAUGGGGGAAUCCAGUAUCAGCAGAGAGAGGCAGGAUUUCAAACUGACACUGAAACAACUAACAUUUGAAAUGAAUAAAUUAAAAGAUGAUCUCAGUGAAAAAACGAAAGAAAAUAAUGAGCAGCGGGAAGAAAUUAUACGUCUCAAACAAGAAAAUAACUACUUGAAGAAUGAGCUUGUACUUAAUGCUGAGAAAGCAAAUAGACAAGAUCAGCUUCUUCAAUCUGCCAAAUCUAAACAAGUCCGAACUGACACAGAACUGUCCAAUUUGCGGCAGAUCUAUGUAAAACAACAGCAUGAUCUGCAAUUUCUUCAUUUCAACUUGGAGAAUUCUCAGGAAUUAUGGCAGAAACACAAGGGGGAGGUGCACGGAUCAAAUGAAGAACACGUGGAUCUGAAUUCCUUUUAUUUGGACUCUCCCUGUUGUAUGACGUCCACUCAGAAGAAAGAUGGGCCCCAGAAAUGUGAGAAAUUCUUCGAUGCAGACCUCCCUUCAGAGAUUAGUAACUUGUCAGUGAUUCAGCCAGAAAAUAAGUGCACCAGUCCUACUAUCAAUUAUGACUCCUGUUCGCCAACAAGUAAGCUCCAGCGUUUGCUGGCUGAGUCUCGACAGAUGGUUGCUGAUCUGGAGCUUAGCACCCUGCUCCAUAUUGCCCCUUCUUGCAGUCAUAACAGCAGCAGUAUUAAUACGACAACAGAGUUUACAGAAGAAGCUAUUUGCAAAGCACACCUGCCAGCCAUGGGAGAAAGUGAUAGAAAACUUUCACUGUUUUCUUUAUGAUCUUUGAUGCCUUGGAUUUUGUUUGGAAAAAAGAAAGACAAUAUCCUUACUAUCUGCCAGGAACAAAGCAGAUGUCUUUAUUAAUUAAAAUAUAUUUUGGAAACGGAAGAUCAUUACUACAUAUAAGUUACAAUGGACAGAUACUAAACAUUUGGCCAUACUUCUCAUGAAUGUUUGAUAAUUCUACAAGUGUCAAAAACAUACGACAAUAUGCUGGAAUGUAUUCUGUGUUGUUGAACCAUAACUUAGAAUUGUGCUAAAUAAGAUGGAGAAGCAACUGCUUUUUUAUAGCUCAGUACUCAGGCUCAAUUGGUAGCCUGCUUUUUUAAAAGAAAUAUUAAAUGUGUAAUUAUUUACUCCAUAAAGGUUACUUUUUAAAAUAUAGAAUUAUUUUUCUUACUACUUCCAUAGUUGUGCAUAAAUGUAUAACAGUCAAGUAUUUAUUCCUAUUAGUCGAUUGUUUUAAUUCUGAACAUUUUGCCAUGUAAAUAGAUUGGAAUAAUGUUUAUAGGAACUUGCUAAUUAGUGCAGUAACUAAGAUAUACUGCCUACCUGGCUGAAAUUUACAAUAUCCUUCACCCAUAAAGAUGGGCAAAAUAAUGGUUUAUGGUCUAUUUAUUCUAACACAAGCUUCUUGCAAGAUCACAAGUUGAUAUGGACAUUUUAGCAGUAUAUGAUAAUAGCAAUUAAUUUAAUGUGCACAGUCUUUUUAAAAUAUUUUAACUAUAGUUUGUGUGUCUGUGAUCUCUGAAAAAGUAGAAAGGAUCCAUUAUUGCAUUUGAAAAUGCUUUUAAUGAAAAAGGCCAUACAACCUAAUAAAUACCAUGCUUUCA